AAUCAAAGACGCUUUUAUCUCCGGAGGAUAGGCGAUCAUUCUCCGCUUCGCAAAACCCAAGUCACUCUCCACAGAGAGAAAAUGGUGGACUUCGACGGGAGAGUCCUUGGCCGUAUUAUGGCAGCGGCGGCGGUCGCUUUCUUCUUCCGAUUGAUCACCGGCCCUGGACCAGCCCUGCUGCCGGAUGAAGAGACGGAGGACUCCGGUGACGAGGAGGCCCAGUCAGAUUCUGGCAAGGUCGUACCGGUGACAAUCCGGUGGAGCGGCAUCACUUGCUGCCUCUCAGACAAGCGCGGGAAGACAACACGAUUUCUGCUUACAAAUGUAAGUGGAGAGGCAAAACCCGGGAGAUUACUUGCCAUAAUGGGGCCAUCUGGUUCUGGAAAGACUACUUUACUCAAUGUGCUUGCGGGGCAGCUAGCAGCGUCACCGAGAUUACAUCUUUCGGGCCAUUUAGAUAUCAAUGGAAAGUCUAGAUUGACUGGCGGGUACAAGAUUGCUUAUGUGAGACAAGAGGAUCUUUUCUUCUCACAACUGACGCCGAGAGAAACACUGUCUAUUGCUGCGGAGCUCCAGCUGCCAGAGUUUGCGUCAGUUGAGAAGAGGGAUAAAUAUGUGAAUGAGCUCCUAUUCAGGCUGGGCCUGAUCAACUGUGCUGAUUCUAUUGUUGGAGAUGCCAAGGUUCGUGGGAUUAGUGGUGGUGAAAAGAAACGGCUAUCACUAGCUUGUGAGUUGAUAGCAAGCCCAUCUGUUAUUUUUGCAGAUGAACCAACAACUGGACUGGAUGCGUUCCAAGCUGAGAAGGUUAUGGAAACUCUUCAACAGCUUGCCCAAGAGGGUCAUACUGUUAUAUGUUCAAUACACCAGCCUAGAAGUUCUGUAUAUAACAAUUUUGAUGACAUAGUCUUGCUAUCAGAGGGUUCAGUUGUUUACAAUGGUCCUGCAAAAGAUGAACCCUUAAAAUACUUUGCAAAAUUUGGUUACGAAUGUCCAGAUCAUAUGAACCCUGCGGAGUUCCUGGCUGAUCUAAUAUCAGUUGAUUAUAGCUCCGCUGAAAGUGUACAUUCUUCUCAAGCAAGGAUUGACAAAUUUGUUGCUGAGUUUUCAGAGAAUGUUCUCGUAAUUGAAUGUGUAAGUCCAGUUGAUGCUUGGAAGAAUUCCAAAAUUCAAACAAAGUUUGCUCGAAAAGCAUUAACCAAACAUCAAGCUGGAUGGUGGAAACAGUUCCGAUUGCUCCUUAAACGAGCAUGGAUGCAGGCUUUUCGCGAUGGGCCUACAAAUAAAGUCAGGACAAGAAUGUCUGUUGCAUCUGCAAUUAUAUUUGGAUCUGUUUUUUGGCGGAUGGGAAGAUCACAAACAUCAAUACAAGAUAGAAUGGGACUUCUUCAGGUAGCUGCCAUAAACACAGCGAUGGCAGCACUGACAAAAACUGUAAGCGUAUUUCCUAAGGAACGGACAAUCAUAGAUCGAGAACAUGAAAAAGGAUCCUAUGCUAUGGGACCAUAUCUACUAUCUAAAUUGCUUGCUGAAAUCCCCAUAGGAGCAGCUUUUCCAUUGAUGUUUGGCACACUCCUAUAUCCUAUGGCUCGUCUUCAUCCUUCUCUAUCUAGAUUUGCAAAAUUUUGUGGCAUCAUCACAAUGGAAUCAUUUGCUGCAUCAGCAAUGGGCCUAACUGUUGGAGCCAUGGUUCCAACAACUGAAGCAGCAAUGGCGGUGGGGCCAUCACUUAUGACUGUAUUCAUUGUCUUUGGAGGCUAUUAUGUAAAUGCUGAAAAUACUCCUGUGAUCUUCAAAUGGAUUCCUCAUAUUUCUCUUAUUAGAUGGGCGUUUCAGGGCCUUUGCAUUAAUGAGUUCAGCGGCCUCCAGUUUGAGCAUCAUAAUUCGUAUGAUAUUGAAACCGGAGAACAGGCUCUGGAGAGGUUUUCCUUUGGAGGGAGCGGAAUAGGUGAUACCAUUACUGCACAAGGCAGGAUAUUGAUGUUCUGGUAUUGCAUCACUUAUUUGCUCCUAAAAAAUAACAAACCAAAAUACCAGCAACUUGAACCUCAUCUGCAGAGUAGUUAGAUCAACGCAUGAAGUGGGAGAAGUGAUUUUGAAUAAUAUGAUGUUUAGUUACAGGUAGAAAAUGUCAUUUGACCUAAAUAAAUAGUUUGUAUUAUUUCAACUUGAUCAUAUGUAGGGUCAGAUUUUUUUUUUCAGACUUAUUAAACAUUGAUCAUACAUACGAUCGUACAGAAUUUUUGAAAUUCUCUCUCUAUUUUGCAUUGAAAUUUUGAGAUUUUCUUUUCUAGGUA